GGCGACACCGCGUGCACGCCCUCCGCCUCCCCAAUCCGUCCCGUCUCCUCGCCCGCCGCCCUCGACUCCCGUCUCCUCGCCUGCCGCUGGCGCCGAUCUCCAUCCUGCUAGCAGAGGUGGCGCCGGCGUCCUCCUCCUGCUCCCGCCGCAUUCGCUCACCGGUGAGCAUCCUAAUCCAUCCCAUCCGGCCUCGGCCUCGGCCUCGAAUUUCGUCUCCUCACCCGCCGCUUGCGCCGAUCCCCAUCCUGCGAGCAGAGGUGGCGCCCGGCGUCCUCCUUCUAGCUUCCACCGCAUCGUCGCUCGCCGGUGAGCAUCCCUCCCUACCCACACCUCAUCAGCCACUGCCAUUUGAGGCCCACACAGCGUUGGCCCCACCAGUCGGUCUCACAUCGGCUACAAUGGCUAGAAGGUUCUGUGAGUAAAGCCGCUUCCCCAUUUGGCCCCCGUGCCAUUCCCGUCCGAUUUGGCCAUCGUCGUCUCCGUCUCCGCUGCGUCUCCGCUGCCUCUCCCGCGCCGCCGCCGUCGCAGUAGCCGCAGAAACCCUAGACCCCGGCGAGAGAGCGGGGGAGCUCACGGGAGAGCAGCAAAUGGAGUACGGUGCAGCAACGCGUGGCGCGCUCCUCGCGGCCGCCCCGCUCUCCGGCGCCCGGCGUAGCUGGUUGCCCCUCUCAUCGCCGCCGUCGCCGCCCUCUAUUCAGAUUCAGAAUCGACUUUAUUCGAUAUCGUCGCUUCCACUAAAGGCUCGAGGCGUGAGAAGAUGCGAGGCUUCUCUAGCAAGUGACUACACGAAGGCAUCUGAGGUAGCUGAUUUAGAUUGGGAGAACCUUGGUUUUGGAAUCGUGCAGACCGACUACAUGUAUAUCACAAAAUGCGGACAGGACGGGAAUUUUUCUGAGGGUGAAAUGAUUCCAUUUGGACCUAUAGCGCUGAACCCAUCUUCUGGAGUCCUUAAUUACGGACAGGGAUUAUUUGAAGGUCUAAAAGCAUAUAGAACAACAGAUGACUCUAUCUUAUUAUUUCGCCCGGAGGAAAAUGCACUGAGAAUGAGAACAGGUGCAGAAAGAAUGUGCAUGCCUGCGCCUAGUGUUGAGCAGUUUGUGGAUGCAGUAAAGCAAACUGUUUUAGCAAACAAGAGAUGGGUGCCUCCUACCGGUAAAGGUUCUUUGUAUAUUAGACCGCUACUCAUGGGUAGUGGUGCUGUUCUUGGUCUUGCACCUGCUCCUGAGUAUACGUUCAUUAUAUUUGUCUCGCCUGUGGGGAACUACUUUAAGGAAGGUUUAGCUCCAAUAAAUUUGAUAGUUGAAGAUAAGUUUCAUCGUGCAACCCCUGGUGGAACUGGAAGUGUGAAGACCAUAGGAAAUUAUGCCUCGGUCUUGAUGGCACAGAAGAUUGCAAAAGAAAAGGGCUAUUCUGAUGUUCUCUACUUGGAUGCUGUUCACAAAAAGUAUCUUGAAGAAGUUUCUUCAUGUAAUAUUUUUGUUGUCAAGGGCAAUGUCAUUUCAACUCCAGCAGUAAAAGGAACAAUAUUGCCAGGCAUCACAAGGAAAAGUAUCAUUGAUGUUGCUCUGAGCAAGGGUUUCCAGGUCGAGGAGCGACUUGUGUCAGUAGAUGAGCUGCUUGAAGCUGAUGAGGUUUUCUGCACAGGAACUGCUGUCGUAGUGUCUCCUGUGGGUAGUAUUACCUAUCAAGGGAAAAGGGUCGAAUAUGCUGGCAACAAAGGAGUUGGUGUCGUGUCUCAGCAGCUAUAUACUUCAUUAACAAGCCUGCAGAUGGGCCAGGCAGAAGAUUGGCUAGUCUGGACUGUGCAACUGAGUUAGGAAGUAAUAAAAUGUUCAUCAACAUCAAAAGAUGGACAUGAUUAUGAUCAUGUGUAUCCUUCAGUUUUGUAGUUUUGUUGGUGUGACAUCCUGCUGUAUAUGUAUAGACGGCAGUGCAUUAGCGCGAAGCAGUUUUGCUAAGGAACGACACCAUGCAUCCAGCUUUUAUGCCUUUUGCAUGAGAAAUCAAACGUGGAAGGCUUUCCUGACUGAAAUAUCGACAAUUAUAAAACUAUUUUGCUAUGUUGAUUACAAUAUAUAUCCUAGAUAAUCUAAAUUAACUGCUU